CGAAAACCGACCGUUGGCGGCAAUUUUGCGCGUCUCUAUUUUUUUCUGCUAUUAUUUACAGUUGAACAGUGAAAAAAAAUCAAGAAAAGUUGAUAGUUUUUUGAAAUAAAUUAAUGGGAUAUUAUUCUUGACACAAUGGUGGUGAAGGAUUUUGUAAUUCCUAUAACAAAGGAUGAUCUCUUGAGGAAUAAUGCUGAACAAUAUUCAGUCAGUGAAGUUACUUCUAUUCGUGGAAUUAAUCAAGCUAUUGACGCCACAAGAAAUGAACUCCAAAACAAACGUACACUCUUCAUUUUGGACAAUUUUGACACAUUUUUCUCCGUUUUGGUACAUGGAAAUAAAGUGGAAAUACAUUUCUUUUUACGGUCUUUCGACAGGAUAACAAAAGCUGUACAAAUGCUUAUUGAGGAUUUAGAGGAAGAUUUGCAAUCAAAUGAAACGUUCAAUAUGAGAGCGGAAUAUUUAUGUGCUAAUAAAAUGUUGGCUUAUCUGUGGUCUUCAAUUAUUUGUCACGUAGACAAUCAUUUUCAGAAAGAAAUAAAUGAUGGAAUUAAUAUAGGAAAGCGAAAAAAAGUCGUUAAGAAAUCCGAUGCUGCCGAAGAAUGGGAACAACAAAGACAAGGUUCUUUAGAAUUGUUAUAUCGAUGGUUGCAACUUCCUCUUCAUAAAUUGUGGAGUCCACCGGUUAUUGAAGAUUCUUUUCUAAAUGUUCUCAGUGAAGUAUGUUACAAACUUUUGGAGUUAGCGAAGGAACCAAAACAAAAGAGAACAAGGGACACAAUUUUUGAGAUUCUAGCAACUUUGGUGAAGAAGCAUAAUCAGGGAAUAACGAGUGUCAUUCGAAUUGUUCAGUUGGUGACUUUGUACGAUUAUUUGGCCGCACCGUUAGCAGUUGGUGUGGUACAAAUGGCACAAAACUUCAGAUGCACGGGAAUGAUGAAAGAAAUAAUGCGCGAAUUGAGUCAAAACGAACCACAGGAAGCCGAGGCUCGGAAUAUUUCAACGUUUCUCGAAACUAUCGCCUCUACUGCACCAGAUUUAAUUCUACCAAUUUUGGAUAAUAUUACGUGUUAUCUCGAUCACGAGUUCUACUCAUUGAGAAAUUGCGUAAUGGAAGUACUGAGUGUUCUUAUAAUAAGUGCAUUAACUUCAGAGGAUCUUAGUGAUGAGAAAAAGGAUAAACGCGACGAGUGUCUUGAUUAUUUGGAGGAUCAUAUUCUCGAUAAUAAUGCGUACGUUCGUUCGAAAGUUCUUCAAGUCUGGCAACGUUUGUGUACAGAAAGUGCGAUCCCUGUAAAUAGACAGACACAACUUUUGGUCGCUGUCGUGAAAAGAUUAGAGGAUAAAAGUGCAAAUGUACGGAAACAAGCUCUGCAAUUAAUUCGCGCUUUACUCGAGGGGAAUCCUUUUGCAGCAAAGUUGGAUAAGGAGAAUUUCUCUAAACAACUUGUGGAAGCUAAGGCAAAAUUAAAGGAAGCUCAAACGGCUUUUGUCAGUCGGAGCGAACGAGGCGAUGAGGAGAGAAUGGAACUAUUGAAGAGCAAACUUCCUCAUAUUUUAGAAACAAUUAAAGAAGUUCUCAAUAGUGAAGAAAAUUCAGAAGAAGCUGAUGACGAUGUGAAUAUAAACGAAGUUUUCGAGGAAAUAAGACAGUUGAUGUUGGAGGAAAAUUUAUUGGACACUGUCAAACGAUUAAAAACGGUUAUUAAACUUUUGCCAAAUUGUGAAGAUUUCGAUACAAUGAAAACCGAGGACAAAACGCAUUGUUUGCUUCUAGUUCUCGGUAAAAUAUUCGCCGAGUCGGAAGAUUCACCAAAUCAGAUAGAUACAAAUAAAAAUGUCUCACAAGCUGUCACCAAAUCGAAUGAUAGAAAUCUCAUGAAGCAAAAGGAGGAAUUAAAGAAGAAGAAACAAAUUGUUUCAUAUUUUGAGAAUUCAUUGACAUUUUCCGAGGAAAUGGAGAAAGCAAUACCGUUCAUUGAGUAUUUACUCUUUUCAACAACAGUCAGCGACGCUGUUGAAUCGUGUGCUCUAUUGGGAUCAGCUUAUCAAUUUGAAAUAAAAGGAGCAGAUCGUGGCAUUCGUAAAGCAUUGUAUCAAGUGUUAAUGCGCGAACAAUCGGUUCGUGAUAAUGUGGCAAUUGUUUAUCAGAAAAUAUACCUCUGUGAAAAUGAAGCCGUUCAGUCUGUACGACAGAAAGCUUUAAAGUCCGUCAAUAAAUUGAUUGAUUUAGUGAAGAGUUUAGAACCCGGACAGAGUCCAGCAUUGGCACAAAUGAUAAACAGUUGGCACACAAAAAAUGAUUUCAAUGCAGAUAUAUUACAAGUUUUGUGGGAAAAGUUUACACUGAAAUUACCUGAUACAUCGGCGGGUGAGAGUCGCAUGGCUUUGAUGCUGAUAACAAUGGCAGCGGAAGCCGAACCGGGAAUAAUACUUGGAAAUUUAGACACAUUGAUAAAAGUUGGUUUUGGACCAAGAUCAGAGACUGAUUUACUCUUGGCUCGCGAUACCUGUCGAGCAUUUAUGCAAAUUAAACAAGAUAAUUCUGACAUGAAAAAGCCACCUACACGAUACGUCAACGAUCAUGAUAUUUUCAAACACAUUUUACAACUUUUAACAAAUACAUUUAGUUCAAAGAAUGAAAACGGUUACAUGUCUUUCGCCACUGACGCCAUCAAUGUCAUUUAUCACUUGGCUAAUCAACCGGAUCAAUUGUCGAAAACUUUGCUAAUAAAAACCACAAAUUUAUUUAAUGAAACGAAUCAAGAUGAUAAAAAAUUACGAGGACUUUUACUGAGUAGACUGGUGUAUCUAAUUGGUCAUGUAGCUAUUCGGCAAAUGGUAUAUCUAGAUACCACCGUUUUUAAGGAAUUAAAAAGAAGAAAUGCAUUGCGCGAUGAUAAGAAGGGUACUAAGGGCAGAAAAACAGGUCGAUCUAUUCAUCAUGUACUCAAUGCGACAGAGUCUACACCAAGUUCCGCAAGUGUAACAAGACGUAAUAAAGAGUUAAGUACAAUUGAAGAUAAUGGAGAGGACGCUUUGGAAGGCGCAACAGCCGAUGAUGCUGAUGCUGAUUUUAUAAACGCAGCACUCGAAAAUGAAAUUUUCUCGCCAAAUGGAUUUCUGGGACAUUACGUUCAGUACAUUGUGAAUAUUUGUCAAGAUCCCGAUAGAUAUAAUGAUGAAAGUUUACAAGCCUACAGCGUUCUUGCUCUCUGCAAAAUGAUGACGAUAAGUUCCACAUUUUGUGCAAAUCAUCUUCAACUAUUGGUCACUAUUCUCGGACGAUCACAAUAUCCUGGUAUUCGAUCAAAUAUUCUUAUUGGAUUGACGGAUUUAGCAAAGAGAUUUCCCAAUGAGGUUGAACCCUGGACCAGUUACAUUUACGACAGACUACAGGAUAAAAGCGAUUUGGUUCGAAGUACUUGCGUCCGAAUGUUGUCUAAUCUUAUCAUGAGGGAAAUGAUUCGAGUGAAAGGAAGAGUUUCCGAAUUAGCCCUCUGCAUUGUGGAUCCUAAUCCAGAUAUUCGUCACAACACAAAACUGUUCUUCAAAGAACUUUCUCAAAAGGGAAAUGCUCUUUACAAUGUUAUGCCGGAUAUUUUAUCCCGUCUCUCCGAUCCCGACUUGAAACUUGACGAAGGAUCUUUCCAAGAAAUCCUACAAUUUAUUCUUGGACUAUUGCAAAAGGAAAGGCAAAUUGACACACUCAUAGAAAAGAUUUGUGCUCGAUUCAAAUUAGCAACCACGGAGCGUCAAUGGCGAGAUCUCUCUUAUUGUCUUUCAUUAUUACAAUUUAACGCAAAGAGUAUACGACGACUAAUUGAAGGCUUGCCAUUACUAAAGGACAAGAUUCACAACAAACAAGUAUUGAAAGCACUCAAUUCUAUAAUCAACACAACCAAAAAGAAGCCGGAAGCAAAAGCAGUUUGCUUAGAAUUGGAAGAAAAAAUGAACGCCUUAUUGAAUGCUGAAAAUAAUGAAGAGAAUGGUGAUAUUUCCGACAGUGAAGCUAUGCCACCCCCGCCUGUGCCACCUUUGAAUAAAAAGAAACCACGACAAAAUGCUCGCGUUGUCGACGAUGAUUCUUCUGACAGCGAGGAUGAAGCACCACCAAGAGCUGUUCCAGUUAAAAAACGUCCAGGACGGAAGCCAUCGCGAAAAUCCGAGUCAGAAUCCGAACCCGAUAGUGACGAAAGUUUCGCCGAGAGUACACCGAUAAAAAGUAAAGCAACACCAAGAAGAGCAGGAACCAGAUCAGCCAGUAAACCAACGAAAGAAUCUAGAUUACAAAUAAUAAAAACAGAAAAAACAAGAAGCACACCGACAAAAUCAGCCAAAACGCCCGUUAAAGCAACAAGAUCGUCUAGUAGAACAGAAAAAAGAGAUUCUGAACGAAAUGCCGAUUCACAAAGAAUAAGUGAUUCAGACACACCUUUGAGUCGACCGCCGCAAGUAAAACGAACAAAACAAGAAGAAGUUGUCCGAAGGAGUUCAAGUCGAGUAUCAAAUAGAUCUAAACGAUACUCAUAAUUUUCUUUAAAAAAAUAAAAACAAAUUUAAAAUAAUUAAAAAGAUGGGCGAUUCAAAUACUGCACAUUUAAACCCCACGGUGUUAAAUAACCUUCAUAAUAAUUCUAUCCACGUUUAUUGAAUAAAUAAAUAAAAAUGUUGUAUAGGAUUUAACAAUAUCAACUAUUCGUUAAAAAUAUCUUUGUGUAGAGUUCAAUUGUGUGCAAUUUAUCCACGGUGGAGUUUGAAAAACACUUAUUUACUAAAUAAACGUGUGUAGAGUUUAGCGAUGUUAAAAAUCUGGCAAAAAAAUUUCUCAAUUCAAUUGUAUUGUAGAGUUUACCAAUGUGCAAUUUACCUGUGUAAGAUUCAAAUAUAAUUAUUUUAAUUGUAACUGAAAAAUAAUAAAUCUAAUACUUAUAAAUCCGUUUAGUUUCACAAGGUAAAAAAUUAAAUUAAAACUCAAAUUUCCCACAGUUCAAUUAGUAUAAAAUUUAACAUUAUCCGUCGUAUAAGGUUCUAAUAUCGUAAAGUUUAAAUUCGUAGUAUUUGAACCGCGUCUAUAGAACAAUUUUAAAAAAAAAAUGAAAUAAAAUGUUUAAUUAAAAAAAAAA